AUGAACGUUUUUGGUUUAUUCGCGCGGAAGCCACUACAGCCACCAGAAACGGUACCACCACCGUCUUCCCCCUCCGCAUCGACUUCACAUCAGUCGCCCACCUCCAAACCUUCAACUACAAAGAAUGCCCAGCUACGAACCCCGUCCCCGUCCGUGGAGUCUGGCUCAGCCGUGAAUGCGACGGUGCGAUCGGCGUCGCCCUCGACAAAGAUCGCACGACUCUCACUCGACGAGCGCAACGCCUCCCCGACCCGUCGCGGCUCCUUUGGCGGCGCGACGCUGACCGCCGUUGUUCCUCCUCAACCGUUCUCGCCCCCAGAACCGACAGUCUCCUCGCUCGUCGCCCACCUCACCCUCAUCCCGCCCAAGACACUGCACGCCUACGUGCUCGCGCGCGUGCCGAGCACCGCCGAAGAUCACCUCCCCGCGCUCGCCGCGUUCUUCGCCGAGCUCGCGCCGCCACAGCGCAUGCACUGCGUGCGGUGCCAUAAGGACUUCGUCGACGUCGAGAACGAUGACCGCGCGUGCCUCGUCCCGCACGACGACGAGAGCGCCGAGGUCGAGCGCGUCGGCGGCGCCAAGCGCGUGCCAGGUGCCGUCGGUGCGACCUUCGAGACCCUCUGGGGCUGUUGCGGGAAGCUCGUCGAGGGCGACGGGGACCAGGGCCCUCCGGACGGGUGGUGCUACGAAGGCAAACACACGACGGACAUUAAGCGCGCACGCUUCCGCGCGGACUCGACGCCCAACGACGACAAGCUGGUCUCGUGCCUCCGACUCAACUGCCAUGGCAUCCGCGCACAGCUCCCGCGCGGCGCUCGUUUGAUGCGCAAGCGGCCGCGGAGCAUAAACAUGAAGGAGGCGACUACGGACGAGGACGAGGGCCUGAGCGAAGGCGGCUCCGACAGCGGCAUGGACGAGAUUACGGGCAAGACCCCAGCGAAGCGGCCGCGGGGCCGGCCGCCGAAGAAGGCCAAGUCGGCCAAGUCGGACGGAGGCGAGCGCAUGGACGUGGACGACGACGGCGCGAGCGUCGCGGGGGGCAGCGUGCGCGGGCGCGGGCGACCCCCGAAGACCAAGGCGCAGCCCGGCGCGGCGUCGCCGCCGAGCGCGGCGAAGCGGCGCGUGCGCAUCGAGGAGUCCAAGAUGGUGCCGGGCACAGAUGGGGAGGACGACGACGGGCAAUCGGUCAAGUCCACGCCCGCGGGGCCUGCGAAGAAGCGAGGGCGCCCGCCGAAGAGCAAGGCGGCGGCUGUGCCAGCGGCGGAGAACGCAGAAGUCACGAUGGAUGUGGAGGACGGGCAGAAGAAGGAGAAGACCACGACGAAACCGAAGCCGCGCUCGCCCAGCAGGACGAGGCCAGAAGAAGCUGGUGAAGGGUGCACCGUGAAGCCGAAGUCGCGCGUGAAGAAAGUGCGCGAGGCCAAGGCGAAGGAUGCAGAGGGUGCAGAGGUGGAGGGCGCAGCGGAGAAGCCCAAGAAGAGGAGGAAGGUUGCAAAGCAAGACACAGAGGCUUGA